AAAACGAGAAAGAAAUUAAAGAAGGAAAUGAUAAAGAAAUUAAAGAAGGAAAUGAUAAAGAAAUGAAGAAGGAAAUAAGAAAGAAAUUAGAAGAAAAUGAUAAAGAAAUGAACGAAGGAAAUAAGAAGGAAAUUGAAGAAGGAAAUAAGAAGGAAGUUAAAGAAGGAAAUAAGAAGGAAUUUGAAGAAGGAAAUAAUAAGGAAGUUGAAGAGGGAAGGAAUAAAGAAUUUGAAGUCGGAAAUGAAAAAGAAAUUAAAGAUAAAAAAGAGGACAAAAUUGCACCUGAAAAACCCACAUCUGAUGUAGAUAAGGGUAAUGAGAAGAAUAUAGAAAUAUCAGAAAGUAAUAAUAAUAUUAAUAAUAAAAUAGAUAGUGAAUAUACAAUUUUUCCCGAUAAUCAGAAUAACAAUUCGAAUACAUCAGAGGAUGAUAAAAAAAAAGAAAAAAUAAUAAACAAUAUUAUUGAUAAUGUUAUGCAUGAUUAUGAUAGUUCUAUGAAAGAUGAUAAAAAAGCAAGUGACAUAAACGACAAGAUAGACAAACUAGGUGAUAUUGUAGAAAAUACAAAAAAAGUAUCAGUAGGAAAAAAUAAUUUUCCAUAUAAAUAUUAUACUGAUACUAAAAGUGUUCAUAAAGUAAUUUACAAAAAAUCAAAAGAUGGAGAAAUGGAAAGGAAAAAAUUUAUAAUUGUCGGUCAGAAUAAUUUUAUUAUUGAUUCAGAUGACAUGGAAAAUCCAUAUCCUAAAAAAUUGUCCGAUGAGGUUAAUAAACAUUUAGAAGAACAGAUAAAUAAAGAUAUAUCAAAUACAUUGAUUAACGAUCAAAAGGAAAAAAAGGAAAAGAAAUAUGCAUAUUCUAACACGUUCAAAUAUGCAGGUAUAACUGUUUUAGCUGGUGUAUUUGUAUUAUUAGCAUCUGUGUUUGUUCUUAAAAAAGUGAAAGGUUAUACAUAUAAGAAUAAUGACUAUACAAAUGAUUUACAGUAUCACUUUAAUUCAGUGAUUUUAUUAGAUGAUGAAAAGGGAAAAGAUACAGAUUGUGGAACAAUCAAUUACAUGGAUGAAAGCUGGUCUUGA